CACGGAAGCUGAGCGGAAACCAUGACUAAGAAAUACACCUAUCAGAGAAAACAUAAAGCAGUCACGACAGUACGCCCUCAGACGUUUCGAUUUCUCGAUCUACCCCUCGAGCUGCGACGCUUUGUGUACAACUUCCUCCCAAUACGCACGAAGCAUACCGUAAUCUAUGGCGGAAUGCCUGAAAAUCAUCUGUCGGAAGAUAAGCCUGCGACGUUCACUCUUAAUACCAAGAUCAUCUCGGCACAACUCUUGUGCACAUGCCGCCAGAUCAAUCUGGAGGCCAAACCCUACGUGGAGAGAAUACUCGCAGUGAUCAAGGAGGACAUCCCACGUAUCACCAUGGACUAAUAUGCAUGGUCGUAUCUGAGUACACACGGCGACGUGCUGUACAGAACCUUGCUAUAGUUUCAGAUAUGAGGUGUCAUUGCAAAUCUACGAAGCUGCAUGCCACGACCGUUCCUUGGUUGCACGGCGAUCAUGCCAGCAGUGACCGGCGCAUUCUUCCAUGGUGUGGAGUACGAGCGAGCUAUAGUGCAGUAGAACGUGAAACUUGGGCUUACAGGCCGCAUGCUUAAAAUGCAGCUUCGCCACGCUGAGCAGGGUGGCGAUGAACUCUGGAAAAAUAUACAAUUGGAAGAUGGACGGGACGAAGGUUGCACAUAACUGGGAAGGGCGGAUUCGCUAGUACACAUGGCACAAUUCAAGGAAGGGAGUGACCACAAAGGGUAGAUUCACGGGCUGCAGAGAAGUGAAAGUUGCGAAGAAAGAUUUCGUUACGUCCAUGUAC